AUGUCAGCUAACGAUUUUUAUUCAUCUGGUGAUCAAUCCAAUUAUGAUCCAAAAAGAUCAUCAAAUAAUAAUAAUGAUGACCAACAACAAGAUAGAGGCUUAUUGUCUACUGUUGCUGGUGGUAUUGCUGGUGGUUAUGGUGGUCAUAAAUUAGGUGAAAGUGGUAAUCAUGGUACUUUAGGUACAGUAUUAGGUGCCAUUGGUGGUGCCAUUGGUGCUAAUAAACUAGAAGAUGCUUAUGAAGAUCGUAAAGAAAAUAAAAAACACGAACAACAAUAUCAACAACACUAUGGUGGUAGUGGUGGUAGAUCAGAUGAUCGUUAUGACAGUGGUAGACGUGAUGAUGGUUAUGGUGGUGGUUAUGGUGGUGGCAGACCAGAUGAUAGAAGACAUGAAGGUGGUAGACGUGAUGAUGGUUAUGGCGGUGGUUAUGGCGGUGGAAGACCAGAUGAUCGUUUCGGAGGUGACAGAAGAGAUGAUAGAAGAGAUGAUCGCAGAUGGUAA